AGCUCCUCCCACCCCAGCCCAGGGAUGGGGAGACAAGCAGGGGUCAGAGUGGACCUGUUGUUCUCCCCUGAGAGGAUGCCAGGAUUCUGGGCUCAGCAUCCUCGGAGAUGUGGACCCCUCAGUUUCCCGGGCCUCAUCAGAGGCAGUCUGGGGAGGCUGGGGCCCAGCCAAUGGUAGUGCCUGGCACAGCUCCUCCUCCUCCUAGGCCGGUGGCACACCCAGGCUGCCUGCCGACUCCACGGGCUCCGUCCCAGGAAGAGGCUUCCCCAGACACGCUCCCUGGUUCUGGUAUGAGUUCUGGCUGCCUGCUGAGGCUAACUGCUGGUACCCGGAGGGCCCUGAGAAGCAGCCACUCAGAUCACGCAGAGGGUCGAGACAGCGUGUUGACCUGAACCUGGACUGCACUUGGAAGGGCAUCAGGAACCCGUUCUAGCAAAAGGCUGUGUAGAUAGACAUCCUGGCAUCCCGGGGGGUCCCGCCGGGUGAGACCGUGGUGUGUGGCUCUCAGCGGACCCCCCAGGAAACAGGCAGAGGGAUUCCAAGCGAGGAAGAGGGCAUCCGUCACUCUGAACAGUAGUCACAUUCCUUAAACGGAGUAGCAGCCGACACCUGGGUCCACUAUGAACUGGGGGAUCUUCGAGGGGCUCCUCAGUGGGGUCAACAAGUACUCCACAGCCUUUGGGCGCAUCUGGCUGUCUCUGGUCUUCAUCUUCCGCGUGCUGGUGUACCUGGUGACGGCUGAGCGUGUGUGGAGUGACGACCACAAGGAUUUCGACUGCAACACCCGCCAGCCGGGCUGCUCCAACGUCUGCUUCGAUGAGUUCUUCCCCGUGUCCCAUGUGCGCCUGUGGGCCCUGCAGCUCAUCCUGGUCACGUGCCCCUCGCUGCUCGUGGUCAUGCACGUGGCUUACCGUGAGGCUCGGGAGAAGAAGCACCGAGAGGCAGUAGGGCAGGAUGGGGGGCGCCUCUACCUGAACCCUGGCAAGAAGCAGGGUGGGCUCUGGUGGACGUACGUCUGCAGCCUGGUGUUCAAGGCCAGUGUGGAUGCCACCUUCCUCUAUGUGUUCCACUCGUUCUACCCCAAAUACACCCUCCCUCCCGUGGUCAAGUGCCACGCCGCUCCGUGUCCAAAUUCGGUGGACUGCUUCAUCUCCAAGCCCUCGGAGAAGAACAUCUUCACGCUGUUCAUGAUCAUCACGGCCGCCAUCUGCAUCCUGCUCAACCUCGUGGAGCUGGCCUACCUGGUGAGCAAGAGGUGCCGAGAGUGCCUGGCAGCGAGGAAAACCCAGGGCACAGGCGUGGGCCAUCGCCAGGACUGUGCCACCUCUUUCCGCAAACAGGACGACCUCCUCUCAGACGACCUCAUCUUUCUGGGCUCAGAGGCUCACCCUCCUCUUUUAUCCAACCGCCCUCGAGACCACGUGAAGAAAACCAUCCUGUGAGGGGCGGCCUGCUCAGGCCUGGGUUGGAAGUUCCCAGCAUCUCCCAUAGGUGCAGCAUUGGGGCAAGGGAGCAGAGCCAAAAGUGGGGGCGGGCAAGAGGGAGCAUCAGAGGCCCGGGAUCCAGUCCCUCUUCCACAGCCCCUGCCACCUGUCCCAGCUGUGUGGCCUUGGGAAACUGACCCCUCUGCUCUCCACCUCAGUUUCCUUCACAGGGCUGUUGCUGUCGCGGGGGAGGGUUGAUAAGAGGAUGGAUGUGCAUGUGCCUUCAGUGUGUGGGGCCCACAGUCAGGGCUUAAUAAAAUUCAACUCAUCCACUGA